AAGGCCGCAAAUCUUCAAAAUGGCCAAACGCAAACGCUCCGAAGCCUCGCCGGCGCUCGCAGACGCGACCCCUGCCGCCGAAAAACUCCUCAAAUACCAAAAGAAGCAAGUCCUUGCCCGCCUUACCGCCGCGCAAAAGCCUCUCAUUGCAGCGCUCCGCCUCGGCGCAGGCUUCGAACGCCAAAAGCACAGCCGUCGCAAAAAGACUGCGGUACAGAAAAAAGACACAAAAGCGCUCACUCGCCUCGAUGACGAGUACCGAGCGCUCAAGGCGCUAGAUCUGGAGAAAGUCGCGGAGCAGCAUGUGCGGCGGACGAUUGCGAAGGUCAAGAGUCUGAAGGACCACGAGGCACUGCCGGAAAGCGUAAAGGAUAUCGAGAAGGUGGAGAACGAUCAGGCGAAGCUUAAUGUGCUGGCGAGGCUGUAUAAGAUUGUGGCGGUAAAAAAGGAGGUCGAUGCGCUGAUUGACGAUCUGAAGGAGAUCGUUGGUAGCGCGGGAGGUGCAGUCAAAAUGGAGAAGGCUGGAAAGUCGCAGAGCGGAGAGAAGAAGCGCAAGGUGGAGGAGAGCGAGCAGGAAGAGGAGGAGGUGGAUAUAGUGGAUCUCAGCGAUGAGGACGGCGUUGCAGCGAGGUUGCUCAAUGCACGGAUAGCAGCGCCUUCGUCUGGCGAGGAAAGCGACGGCAGUCUCUCUGAUAAUGAGCGCCCAUCGAGUAUAGGCGACAGCGACAGUGACAGCGAAGAUCCAGGUGCCGACCUCGAAGCACCCAGCGACUCCAACGCCUCAUCAUUCGGCGGCUUCAGCGCCUCAAAUUCCUCAGACAACGCCGUCACCCGCAUAGCCCCUCCUUCCGACAAAUCAGACUCCGACUCUGCCUCCUCUGUAUCCCUUACCACAACAACGAAACCCUCCUCGAAACCCUCCGCCGCACCCACAUCAUCCACCUUUCUCCCCGGCCUCAGCCAUGGAAACUACUUCUCCGGCGAUGAAUCCGCCUCCGAUCUCGACGAGAAACCGCGCAAGAACCGGCGCGGCCAGCGCGCGCGCCAGAAGAUCGCAGAAGCAAAGUACGGCGCGAAAGCGAAGCAUAUCGAGGUAAAUGAGCGCAAGAAGGGGUGGGAUGCCAAGAGGGGCGCUGUAGAUACCGAUGGCAAGAUGAACAGGAAGGCGAGGAGGGAGGUGGAGAAGGGGCUGAAGGCAAAGGGUGGGAGGGGACCGGUGAUCAGUGGAGAGAAUGCUGCGCCGUUGGGCAAGAACAGGCUGGGUGGUGGUGAUGUGGGACAUGGAGGAAGGGGUGUGAGUGGCGCUGGUGCGGCAGGUGCAAGGAUGGAGAAGAAGGGGCCUAAGAAGGAUGAUACAGGGCCUUUGCAUCCGUCGUGGGCCGCGGCGAAGGCGGCGAAGGAGAGUAAGAAGUUGAAGAUUGAUCUCGGCGGGGCGAAGACGGCGAAGAAGAUCACGUUCGACUGAUCUACUGGAUGGUCAGUGGAUCGAGACACGCAAGAAUUACCAGAUACCCAAGAGCUAUGGCAGGAUUGAUUGAGCAAGCGUUUGAUAUUGGAAUGAGUGAUUGUGCG